GUAUCAGAUCACCAACGUUUAGUGGGCCGACGUCGUAUUCACGUUGGUCAUAGAAUCUCAAGAACAGAUUCGUUGAAACUCUAUAAAGAAGAUCAGAUAAACUCAAAAAUGAGAAUGUUUUUCGAUUUCGUAUUGAUCCACUUCACGAACUCCUCAUUUCCUAUCUUUUCAGCCUUACCUCGAGGUCCGAGGAUAAACUUCGGCUAUGUCGAAUAAUCAGAUAGUCGAUACGGUCUAUUCGACAUCGGGUACACCACCAGCGGCACACGAUACUAAGGAGAAAAAUGAAGCCUUUGUAUCGGCGGCAUCUUCGAGCGAUAAUGAGGAACAUCUAUCGGAUAUCGCCAAUAACGAUGGACCAUCCAAUGCGAACGAUAUACCUUGGCAAUGGAAGCUUGCCUCGGUCAUCCUAGUGUCGAUGAUUGGUUUUGGUUCUCAUUGGAGUUCAGGAAUUACAGGUGCCAUGAAAUCUACAAUCAAGAAGGAGAUGAAGAUUGAUAAUAAGCAAUAUGCUUUAUUGAGUGCCAGUCAAGACUUUAUGGUAACAGCUUUAAUGCUGGUUAGUGGUGUUGUUACAGAUAGGAUAGGAGGAGCAGGUACAAUCUUUUACGGCAACAUAAUCUUCACAAUUGGAUCCAUUCUCAUUGCCGGAGCUGCUCAGACCAGAAACUAUCAAUUUAUGAUUGGUGGUACAAUUGUUCAAGCUCUUGGAGAUAUUGCUACUCAAGUUGCACAAUACAAAGUCUUCUCUUCAUGGUUCGCUCCCAAUCAUGGAUUCGCUUCGACUCUUGCGCUUGAGUUAGGAAUUGGCAAAAUUGGUGCAUUUGUUGGUAAAUCAUCCGCAAACAUUAUCUCAAAGAACACGGGAAACUUUGCAAAUGUCUACUGGGUUUCAGUAGGUAUGAAUGUUUUCUGUAAUUUGAUGACUCUUGGUUUCUACAUCUUCACUCGCUUCGCCAAUAAAAAGUUUCCUUCCACAUCUGAUCCGGCUACUGGUGAGAAACUUACAGAAGGAAACAAGAGAUUUGAAUUACGCAAAGUUCUUGAAUUACCUUGGACAUUCUGGAUCAUUAUGGCAUUCUCAUUAUUUGAAACAUCUACUGCAGCCCUCUUUACUGCCAAUGCUACAGAAUUGGCUGAGCAAAGAUUGGGUGUAUCAUCUGUACAAGCCGGUUGGUAUACAUCAGCUAUUCAAUAUGGCGGAUUUUUCUUCGUUCCUCUAAUUGGAAUAUUCGUUGAUAUAUGGGGAAAUAGAGUUACUCUCUUUACUAUCGCUGGUUUUGCUGUUUUAAUAUCAAUGUCUAUUAUGAACUGGGCUCCUUCAAUACAGGGUACAGAUGCCGCAUUCGGCAUUUACGCUUUUGCAUAUUGUUUCGGUCCAACCUUGAUGAUCGAUAGCAUUAGAACAUCAAUGUGGCAUCAAGGAGUUUUCGGAUCCGCAUACGCUCUCAAAGUAACCAUGAACAACGCCAUGAGUAUCAUCGUCGGUAUCGUCGCCGGCGUAAUUCAAGACGCAGAUAACAAUUCCUACGACAAAGUCACGAUUCUCUAUGUUACUCUUUCGGCGGCAGCAGCACUCAUGUCACUAAUCAUGAUCGGGCUCGCAUAUUAUUGCGUUGAUUUCCGCAUGUUGCAAUGGACGCGCAAACAGAGACUCGCUAAUGGUGACUUGAUUAAUGAGCGAAAGGAAAAAUUCCAUAAUGAGAAUGGACCGAGAAAUCGUAAGAUUUCAAUGUAUUGUCUUGGGGUAUUGGCGCUGUUGGUUUUAGGUUCGUGGUGUGCGUAUUUCUGGGGCGUGGCUACAGGAAAUAAUAACGGUUAAUGAUUAAUGGGAUUUGGAAAUGGAAUUGUGAUGGGAAAGUAUUAAAAUGGUUGACUGGAUAUUGUAUGUAAUGAGCUUGGAUGAUUUGAUGUUUUUUUGCGUUAUGUUUUGAUGCUCGGUAUAGAGUGCGGAAAAUUGGAUUUGGACUUGUGAUGAUCCUUCUCAUCUUAUAUGAUGUGUCACUUUUGUGGUUAGAUAUGGGAACAAACCAGGAGCCGGCCGUCUGUCAUCAAGCUAUACAGUGAUAUGUGCGCAUUCUGGGUCUGAUGAGGGGAGGGGGGAUUCUUAAAAACCAGACCCUUGAUGAACUAUUAAAUCUGCUUGCUUGUUGAACUUCAGCCUCACAAGUGUAAGAUCAAAAUCCGAAAACUCUACAUCUCUCAAAACCCACAAGAUUCGCUUCAAAUAUUCACCAUGGGUCCACAAACCGCAUCAUCAGCGGCCUCAUCACUUCUCUCCUGCGCUUCAUCACUUGCACACGCAUUCUUUCAUCUUCGUAUGAAAGUGAUAAUACUUGACAAGCUCUUAUCCUUAUCAUAUUCGCCGAUAUUGGAUGCAGUAUGUAUAGCAUGUCUGCCUGUCUUGUUAUGUUGCGCGAUUCGCUUCUUUAUCUUUUCCCACCAAGUGGUUCUCGGGAGGUUUUUGAGAAGGUGGCAGAGAUGCCGCUUGUGGAUUGUAGGGGCUGGGAUGGAUUUUUAUCUGGAGGAGAUAAUUCGUUUUGAGACAUCUAGCUGUGAUUUUGAGGACAACUGUGACAGCACCAGCGCGGACUCAUGUGGUUGAUAGUCAAGCAGUUCAGGACAGGUGCUUUUGAUUUGUAAGUCUUCUGCAGACUUUUUGCAUUUGGAUGGAUGCAUGUUGUUUCUAGAUAGAGGAUUUGGUAAUUGGAAAGGUUGAUCGAUAGUCAUUGCUGCGGAGGUGCUUGCAUUUUUGCAGUUUGUGAUGUGAGUUUGAUUGUAAAAGAAUGCGGAGGGAUAAGUCGUACUAAGAUCUUAGUCGGUGUCUUUUCUAUUAUUAUUGGCUUCUGUCACCGGACAGAAUGAGUGUUUUGUUGGCGCCUUUCAGUUCUUCGUCUGUCGAUAUCUUAAAGUGCAAUAUUGUAUUGGGCUAAUGCUCACGAUGAAAGUCCUUCCGUCUCCUAGGUUCA